GGAGAAACGCAGUAGGCUAGGGACGCUACGUCGCCAGUCAGGCAGUUGCGUUUGUUUAUACGGCACGCUAGAUUGCGACCGAUUAAAAUAUAUAUAGAGUGGAGAGAAUGAUCGAGACCGAAAAAUUCAUCAAGUGUGUCAAGAACAACCCCACGAUAUGGAAAAAGACCGCCAAAAGGUAUGGGGACAGAUUGGCGAGGGAGAACUGCUGGAAUCUGAUCGGUCAGCAGGUUUACGACGCGUGGGAGUCGAAGACCGAAGAAGAGAGGCAGGAAGAAGUGAUAAACAUGAAAAACAAAUGGAGACACAUGAGGGACAGCUUCAACAAGUACAUGAACCAAGCUGAAGGCCGUUUCUCUGGAGUGAAAAAGAGGAAAUACAUUUAUGCAGACAACCUUACUUUCCUCCUUAACAGAGGCAAGAGAUCAACUUUCAAAAACCACGACACCAGAGAAAAAGACGACAAAUCAUCAUGGGGUAACGAAGAAAACAACACUAACGAAGAAGUAUCGUCAAGAAACCGCCAUCAAUCACAGACAACUUCCAGAAAACUCCUCAACUCAGUUACUAACAGUAUCCAAAUGAACAAACAGCAAACUUCGAAAACCCCAACGCCAAUGCAAGAUGAUCCAGAUAGAUGCUACCUUCUAUCUCUUCUUCCGGAGUUCAAGAGGUUAACCGACGACCAGAAGCUGGACUUCCGGUUCCACACUCUGCAGUUCUUCCGGGUUGUAAGAAGUAAGACAAUCAGACGAGCGGAGUGUAGUAAUGGUUGGAACCAGGAGAUUGAAAGCAACCCUUUGGAGGGUGCUGCGUCGUCUUACCAGUCUCCAGAAGGGUCACGUGAUGGAUCUUGUCUUAACUCCCCGGAAUCGGCAAAUUCUGAACAGUCAGCUACCUCGUUUCUCAGGGAUUCUCCUACGCCUUUGGAUUCAGUGAAGACGGAACUGAUCUAGCUUAUCACUGUGUGGAGAUAUGAAGACUAUUGUAUAUAUUGAGAUUCGAAUGUUUUUGAUAUUAAAGUUGAUAAGGAAAUGUGAAUUGUUUUCUCGUAUCUUUCUUUC